AUGGGAAAGCCCGAGAGCCCGGCGGGGACGGUGGAGAUCGCCGGCCGCUCGGGGCAGGAGCACCGAGGCGCCCUGGAGCGGGGGCUGGUGCUGCUGCUGCUGCUGGUGACCGGCGCCCUGGUCGCCCUGGGCCUGCUCUACGCCGACAGCCGAGGCAAGCAGCUGCCACUCUUUACUAGCCGGCUUUGCUUCUCAAAGGAAGAGAAGACCAUUGUAAAACGAACACCCCGAGACAUCCGGAGCCCCAGGCAUGCGGGCGGAACCUGCACCACCCCCGGCUGCGUGAUGGCAGCCGCCAGGAUCCUCCAGAACAUGGACCCAUCCAGGGAGCCGUGUGAUGACUUCUACCAGUACGCGUGCGGGGGCUGGCUGCAGCGUCACGUGAUCCCCGAGACCAACUCGCGCUACAGCGUCUUCGACAUCCUUCGGGAUGAGCUGGAGAUCAUCCUCAAAGGGGUGCUCGAGAAUCCAACCACCAAGGACCGGCCGGCCGUGCAGAAGGCCAAGAUGCUGUACCGCUCCUGCAUGAAUGAGAGUGAGAUAGAGAAGCGCGGCUCGCAGCCCCUGCUGGACGUCCUGGAGGUGGUAGGAGGCUGGCCGGUGGCCACGGACAAGUGGAACGAGCGCACAGGCCCCCGGUGGGAGCUGGAACAGCAGCUGGCCGUGAUGAACGCGCGCUUCAACCGGCGGGUCCUCAUCGACCUCUUCAUCUGGAACGACGACCAGAACUCCAGCCGGCACAUCAUCUACAUAGACCAGCCCACCCUGGGCAUGCCAUCCCGAGACUACUACUUCAAGGAGGGCGACAACCAAAAGGUGCGGGAAGCCUACCUGCAGUUCAUGGUGUCGGUGGUCACGAUGCUGCGAGCGGACAGGAACCUCCCCGACGACAGCGACCUGGUGCGCACGGACAUGGCCCUGGUGCUGGAGCUGGAGACGCAUCUGGCCAACGCCACGGCGCCCCAGGAGCAGCGGCACGACGUCACGGCCCUGUACCACAGGAUGGACCUGGACCAGCUCCAGAACAAGUUCAGUCUGAAGGGAUUUAACUGGACUCUCUUCAUACAAUCCGUGCUAUCCUCUGUCAAAAUCGAGCUGCUGCCAGAUGAAGAAGUGGUGGUCUACGGCAUCCCCUACCUCCAGAAUCUUGAAGAAAUCAUUGAUGUCUACUCACCCAGGACCAUGCAGAACUACCUGGUCUGGCGCCUGGUGCUGGACCGCAUCAGCAGCCUGAGCCAGCGAUUCAAGGACGCACGUGCAAACUACCGCAAGGCGCUGUACGGCACAACGGCGGAGGAGGUGCGCUGGCGGGAGUGCGUCAACUACGUUGGCAGCAACAUGGAGGGCGCCGUGGGCUCGCUCUACGUCAAGGAGGCCUUCCCCGGGGACAGCAAGAACCUGGUCAGAGAGCUCAUCGACAAGGUGCGGGCAGUGUUCGUGGAGACCCUGGACGAGCUGAGCUGGAUGGACGAGUCGUCCAAGAAGAAGGCCCGGGAGAAGGCCAUGAGCAUCCGGGAGCAGAUUGGGUACCCGGACUACAUCCUGGAGGAAGGCAACAAACACCUGGAUGAGGAGUAUUCCCACCUGAACUUCUCGGAGCACCUGUACUUUGAGAACGGACUGCAGAAUCUCAAGGCUGGCGCCCAGCGGAGCCUCAAGAAGCUUCGGGAGAAGGUGGACCAGAACCUCUGGAUCAUCGGGGCCGCCGUGGUGAACGCGUUCUACUCCCCAAACCGAAACCAGAUUGUGUUUCCCGCCGGGAUCCUGCAGCCCCCUUUCUUCAGCAAGGAGCAGCCACAGGCCUUGAACUUCGGGGGCAUCGGCAUGGUGAUCGGGCACGAGAUCACCCACGGGUUUGACGACAACGGCCGGAACUUCGACAAGAACGGGAACAUGCUGGACUGGUGGAGUAACUUCUCCGCCCAGCGCUUCCGGGAGCAGUCGGAGUGCAUGGUCUACCAGUACGGCAACUACUCCUGGGACCUGGCCGACGACCAGAACGUGAACGGCUUCACCACGCUCGGGGAGAACAUCGCCGACAACGGAGGGGUGCGGCAGGCGUACAAGGCUUACCUCAAGUGGAUGGCAGAAGGCGGCAAGGACCAGCAGCUGCCAGGACUGGAAAUGACCUACAAGCAGCUGUUCUUUAUCAACUAUGCACAGGUGUGGUGCGGGUCCUACCGGCCCGAGUUCGCCGUCCAGUCCAUCAAGACUGACGUCCACAGUCCCCUGAAGUUCAGGGUGCUGGGCUCGCUGCAGAACCUGGCCGCCUUCUCGGACGCGUUCCACUGCGCGCGGGGCUCGCCCAUGCACCCGAAGGUGCGAUGCCGCGUCUGGUAG